AUGGAUUGGAAUGAGAGUGCCGAUAACUUGGUACUGCGACAAAUUGGGAUCGAGGUGGAAACUGUUAAGGAGGCCCAGGUGCUUGUUCCAUUGAACCAAUCGGAUAAAAUUCUGGUAGAGAAGAGGGCAGAUGAGAUCGCACAUGUAUCUGCUGUAACGACCCGAUAUAAGGCUAGGCUUAGAGUGCUAGCAGGGUCUUACCCAGGAAGUGGUGAGAGAGCUACAGACCGAGUGGGUCCGGCAAGUAAAGACGAGGAGCCCUGGAUCGCUGGAUUGAAAGAGCAUUUGGUUAGGAUAGUCAGAUAUCUGACCCAGGAAGAUUCUAAGAUAUUUGGAUCAAUAGUCACGGAUUACGAAGAAACAGCUGAGGAUCGGGACACAUUGAUGCGAUUGGCGGUGCUAGAGACGAACCAGCAAGCUGUCCUGGAUCCCUAA